CAUUGACACUUGCCGAGGUAACUCUAUACGAUUUCCAUCAUGGUUCUGCUUACGAUCGCCCUGCUGGGCGUGGCACUGGCGCUUUUUUACAACUUCUACCUCAAUGUGUACAAGUACUGGGAUCGUCGGGGCGUACCCUACGAGCGGCCUCUGCCAAUAUUGGGCAACAUGAGAGGUAUCGGCACGCGGUUGCAUUUCCGCGACAUCAAUCAGAGACUCUACGAUCGCUUUAAGGGCAAGACACCGAUCAUUGGCAUGUUCAUGUUCUUCAAGAGAGUCGCUAUGAUUGUCGACCUGGAUCUGAUCAAGCAGAUGCUGAUCAAGGACUUCAACACCUUUCAGGAUCGCGGCGUUUUCAGCAAUGUGCGCGAUGAGCCGCUUACGGGACACCUAUUCACGCUCGAGGGCGAUGAAUGGCGUUCCAUGAGACACAAAUUGACGCCCGUCUUUACCUCCGGCAAAAUGAAGCACAUGUUCGGCGUAGUCGUCGAGGUGGGUCAUCAUCUGGCCGACACCAUGGAUAAAGCUGUAACCGCUGCUCGCGCCGACGGUGGCGAUGUGGAGAUCAAAGAGUUCUGUGCUCGCUUCACCACAGACGUCAUUGGCACUUGCGCCUUUGGCCUCGAGUGCAACAGCCUGGCCGAUCCGCAUGCCGAGUUUCGUGCCAAGGGUCGCAUGCUGUUCGAAAAGCCGCGUCACCACCAGCUGGUGCAGGCCUUCAUCUUCACCAACUCGAAACUAUCAAAGAAACUGCACAUGAAGGUGUUUCCCGAUGAUCUAUCCAAUUUCUUCAUGGAGGCUGUGCGGACGACAGUCGAUCAUCGACUAAAACACGGCAUAAAACGCAAUGAUUUCCUCGAUCAGCUGAUUGAGCUACGCGCUGAGAACGAGGAGGCGGCACGUCGUGGGAAUGGCAUCGAUCUCUCUCAAGGCCUCACCAUUGAGCAAAUGGCCGCCCAGGCUUUUGUCUUCUUCAUAGCUGGAUUUGAGACCUCCUCCAGCACAAUGGCUUUUUGUCUAUACGAACUGGCACUGCAGCCGGAUGUGCAGCACCGCCUCAGGGAGGAGAUCGAAACGGUGAUCAAGGCGACAGCGGAUGGAGAGCUCACCUACGAUGCCAUUGGGCAGAUGAGCUAUUUGGAGCAAGUGCUGGCAGAGACUCUGCGUAAGCAUCCGAUUCUGCCCCAUUUAAUGCGACAAACGAACCAGGAUUACAAAGUGCCUGGCACAGACUUGGUCAUUGAGCAGGAAACAUCUAUUAUAAUUCCUGUACAUAGCAUACACCACGACCCAGAUAUUUAUCCGGACCCCGAGCGUUUCGAUCCAUCGCGCUUCGAGCCUGAUGCCAUUAAGGCGCGACACCAAUUUGCAUAUCUUCCAUUUGGAGAUGGACCUCGCAACUGCAUUGGUGAGCGCUUUGGCAAAAUGCAGGCCAAGAUUGGCCUCAUUUGCCUUCUGCGCCGCUUCAAAUUUGGUGUAUCUAAUCGCACGGAGAUUCCGCUGAUUCUUAAUAACCGGAACUUUCCAUUAGCCACUAAAUAUGGCAUUCAUCUAAAGGUGGAACGUGUUUAAGAAAUCAACUAGAGUGUAUAUAAUAUACAAACUAAAUUAUAAUAACUUCUGUGCCGAUGGAAUUGGGAAUUCAAAAAAUUUAUUAAGUAAUCUAAAUGAUUAGAAAUAAUAAAUUCCAUGGAAGCUUUGGGGCGCCAUAGAUUUAACACACUAGAUAAUUAACUCAAGUAGGUUGCAAAGGCAACUGAAUGUCGAGAUAUAAGAUAAAGGUGUGAAAGUGUUAUUUCUUAGUAAAAAGCCAUGUUGACUAGUA